GAUAAAAUGUUCCAAAGGAAGUUAAUGCUUCAAAGGAAAUUUUCGAGUUUUAACAGGUAGCAGUAACAAUUUUUAUACACGAAAGAAAAUAUAAUAAUUGUAAUAAACUAAUAAUAUGAUUCUUUAUAAUAAAAUGGGUAAACAAUCUAUAAUGAUUAGCAAGUUGUAAAAUAUAAUAAAAGAUAUCAUCAUGAUUUAAAUAUUAAAGAUUUUAAAUGGCAUAUUAUGAUCCACUUUUUUAAUUUCUUAGUGUGAAUUAGCAAUCAAUCUUUUCUCAGACAGACUAAAAUUAUAUGUUGAUAAUUAAGUAAAAUUAGCUAAUUGUUUUUCAAUUUUGUUGAUGUGAUUAUUUGAUGAUAAAUCUAAAUUUGAGACUCAAUAUGUUUAAUAUUUUUAUAUAGAAUAUUUAAUCAUUUAUUUACAUAUCAAAACACAUUUCAUUUUCUCAAUCUUGAGAUUCCCUGCAAGACAAUUCAACACUUCUCCUUUUGCAUGAGUCACUAAGAAUUAAACAAGUCUUGCAUGUUUAACUUUAAGUAAUUUUCUUUCCCGGAGAACACUGAACAAGCGCUCUUGUUAAAUUUAUCAUCUAAUCGAAAAUAGAGUUGUAUAUCCAAAUAACUAUACUAGAUACUUUCACCAAAAAGAAAAAAAUACUUUAGAUAAAUUAUGUAAAUGUAAAUAUAAUAUGUUAUAAAAUAUAACUGUGAUUCACAAAGCAGGAUCCCAAGUCACGCAAUUUAUUUGUAUAUAUGGAAAUUGUAAGAUUUUUGAUACUGUAUGAGUCAUCAUGAAUUGCACGAAAACCACCAUGCAGCAUUUUACAGUCAUGGUUUCAAAAUUUUCUAUUUGUGUUUCGAAACCCUAAGUUUCUAGUUUCAUCCAACAAAUAAAACCGUUUACCGUUUUUUCAUAGUUCAAGACAAAGAAGUUUUUUAAUUUCAUCCAAUACAAAAUAUUUCUACAAAUCAACGUUAAUCUUAUAUUAUAACAUUUUUGCAUUAUACAUAAAAUAUUCUAGAAUUUUCCCUUUAUAGCAAAAAUCAAACAAAGAUGUAAGAAAUCUGCUUAAAAAUCAAUCUUAAAUCAGAAAUAAAAAUCACUAGAAAAUAACAAUUACAUAUAUUUUAUAGAACUAAAAUAUAUAUAUUACUAGAUUUCAUUAAUUGUUUCUUACUUUAGUCUAGAUUUUAUACAUUAAUUAGCACACGGUAUUUCCAACCAAUUGUAUCUUUUAAUAUAUCUUUUCUUAUAGAUUUUAUUUUCUUACCUUUCAGUAUAAUGAUAAAAUCUGAAUUUAUAUUUUUUUGUUUCUAUAGUAAAAUUACAUAUGCACCACUACAACACUGCCAAAUGUUACAUUUGCGUGUCUACUUUGUACGCCUUUAAAUAUCGAGCUUUCUGCAGCCUAAAAAAUUGAUACAAACUUGAACACACAAAAAGUUAUUCAAAGACUAGCAGAAUGGCGUUUGCCCAACCUUUCUACAACCAAAGCUCUCUCUUGAGAAUCAAUGUUAUGGUUGUGGAUGAUGAUCCUGUUUUCCUUGAAAUCAUGUCACGCACGCUUGAAAAAUUAAAAUACAGAGAUUCAUCCACUAUGGAGAUCACGGUUAUAGCUGUAAAAGAUUCGAGAGAAGCAUUGUCUACUCUUAAAAUCGAAAGAAACAAUAUCGAUCUCAUAGUCACAGAUUAUUACAUGCCUGACAUGAACGGUCUACAACUCAAAAAACAGAUCACUCAAGAAUAUGGCAAUUUACCGGUCAUAGUUAUGUCAUCGGACACCGAUAAAGAACAUGAGAGUUUAACGUGUGGAGCGAUGGGUUUCAUUCAAAAACCCAUCAAAGCAACUGAAUUAACCAAGUUUUACCAACUUGCGUUAAAAUGUAAGCGGAAUGGUAAGUCCACCUUAUGGACCGAGAACAACCACAAUGACACAGAUGUUAGCAUCUCUCAGCAAAUCCAGUUUUUUCCUGAGCAAGACAAUCUCAUGAUGACCAAGAAGAAGAAGUUCUCACCUAGACCGGAUUCAAGAUCCAUGAACAGUUCAAAUGGAACUUGUGUUAGUACUGAUGCUUCACGGAAAAAUAAAAAAAGAAAAGCAAACGGUGGUUCUGGUGAUGGUGUUGAGUCUUUGUCGCAGCCCUCCAUGAAGAGUAAGAUUACGUGGACGGAUGAUCUUCAUGAUCUUUUCUUACAAGCUAUCCGACACAUCGGUCUUGACAAGGCUGUGCCAAAGAAAAUCUUAGAGUUCAUGAACGUAUCAUACUUGACAAGAGAGAACGUAGCCAGUCAUUUACAGAAAUAUCGACAAUUCUUGAGGAAAGUCGCGGAAAGAAGUUCUUUGUGUUCAUCAAACAUGUUGCCGAGUAAUGGCAUAGACUCGAUAUAUCCAUAUCCUCACACUAGAGAGCCGUACUACAACAACUACACUUCUUCUUCUUCUUGGUACGGCACAAGUCUCAGCAAUAAUAGAUCAUUCUAUUCCAACCCCGGACACGGUCUUGGACAGUCUAGACUCUUAUCCAACACAUCUGAUCCAGUCCGCUCCAAUCAGAUGCCUCACAGCUACAUGAACCGGUCAUCCACCUAUGAUACGCACCGUAUUGGAUCAAACUUGACGCUGCCCAUCGAGAGCAACCUCAAUUACUCACCCCAAAAUGUAGGAAGAAGAAGCUUUCUUGAACCAACGGCGAACAAAACUAGCCAAACAUCUCAAGUUCUCGGGUUUGAACAACAUGGAUUAUCAGCUAUUAAUGGUAGUGGUUUCAACAAUAACACGUUGAUCAGCUAUGGAAGUUUAACUCCUAAUCAACUAGGAACUAACAGCUAUAAAGGUUCAAUUUCUACUCAACAAGGAAUGACCAAUGGAAGCCUGGCUCUUAAUCAACCAGGAAUGAGCGCCUAUGGAAGUUCAACUUCUACUCAACCAGGCAUGAGCAGCCAUAUAAGUUUGACUCCUAAUCAACCAGGAAGGAACAGCUAUGGAAGUUUAACUGCUCCUCAACCAAGAAUGAGUACCCAUGAAAGCUUAUCUCCUAAUCAACAAGGAAUAAGCAGUUAUGAAAAUUUAACUUCUAAUCAGCUAGGAAUGGACAGCCAUGGAAGCUUAUCUCAUGAUCAACCACGUAUGAGCAGCUAUGAAAAUUUAACUUCUAAUAAUCUAGGAUUGAGCAGCCAUGGAUUUUUAACUCCUAAUCAACCAGGACUUAAAAGUUAUGGAAGUGCAAUGCAUAACGUAGGACUAAACAGCUUUGAAGGUUUAACUACUCAUCAACCAGGAUCUAGCAACUUCUCGUAUGGGUUGCAAUCAUUCUUAAACAAUGAGAACACUGCAUAUGAGCCUCAACCCCAGACACAUGCCCAAGCAGCUGCACAGCCAAAUAUUGAAAUUCCUCAACAGGAGAAUCUCAGCUUGUUUGAUGAUCUUGGCAAUAUUAAUGAGCUUCUUUGCGACAUAAGUAACUUUGAACUGGAUCACAACAAGCAACAAGAAGCGGUUUCUACCACCCAAUUUGAGCUUCCUGCAAAUGUUUCGACUGAAAUGAAUCAAUUUUUCUCUCUUGAAGAUGAUGACUGGACCUUUUUGAACACAAACCAGGGACUUUCUAAUGGAGAAACAUCAAACAAUGUUGCUCCGGAGACGAAUUCUCAAACUUUCAACAUGAGCACUAAUCAUGAUCAGGAACAAGAUGCUCAAGAUUUUGUCGACUGGUCGUUCUUGAAUCCGGAGGACUUGGCUAAUGAGUACGACUUCAUGAACUCUUUGUUCAAUGGCAUGAACUGAAAAGGGUUCGAUGAUCCAAGAUGUUAGCGAGG